CCGACACGUAAUGGAUCGGCAGAUUAUGGGGCGACAGGAGGAGAGCGAGUGGCGACUGGCAGCGGCAGCGGCUGCGCUACGGUACGAGAAGAAGUGACUUUUUAGCCGUGUCAUUUCUCACCACGCACACGAUUCCUGCACUUGGAGCAGGUGCUACUUUCAUUGACAAGGUCCUGGGCUAGCAAGCGCUGCCAUGUCGGCGAAAGCCAUCUCGGAGCAGACAGGAAAAGAGUUCUUAUAUAAGUAUAUCUGCACCUCAGCAGCCGUGCACAACCGCUUCCGCUAUGCCAGUGUAACCACUGAGACUGACUGGGACCGCCUCAUCCAGGAGCACCCUUGGCUGCUGACAGAGCGGCUGGUGGUGAAGCCAGAUCAGCUGAUCAAGAGGCGCGGGAAGCUCGGUCUGGUGGGCAUCAACCUGGACCAGCAGGGCGUCCAGGAGUGGCUCAAAUCCCGCCUCAUGAGAGAGACCACUGUGGGAAAGGCAAAGGGUGUGCUGAAGAACUUCCUCAUUGAGCCAUUUGUCCCACACACACAGGAGGAGGAGUUUUAUGUGUGUAUCUAUGCCACCCGUGAGGGCGACCAUGUGCUUUUCCACCACGAGGGAGGGGUGGAAGUGGGUGACGUGGAUGCCAAGGCCCAGAGGCUGAUGGUUGCAGUGGAUGAAAAGCUGAGUGAGGACCAAGUCAGAGAGCAGCUCCUCACACACGUUCCAGAUAAUAAGAAAGAAGUCCUGGCCAGUUUUAUCGUUGGCCUCUUCAAUUUAUAUGAGGACCUCUACUUCACCUACCUUGAGAUCAACCCCCUCGUCAUCACCCAAGAUGGAGUGUACAUCCUUGACAUGGCUGCCAAGAUUGACGCCACAGCGGAUUACAUCUGUAAGGCUAAAUGGGGGGAUGUGGAGUUUCCACCGCCUUUUGGCAGAGAGGCCUAUCCAGAGGAAGCCUACAUAGCUGAUCUGGAUGCAAAGAGUGGUGCCAGUCUGAAGCUGACCCUGCUGAACCCUCGUGGCAGGAUCUGGACCAUGGUGGCUGGAGGAGGGGCUUCGGUUGUCUACAGCGACACCAUCUGUGACCUGGGCGGGGUGGAUGAGCUGGCAAACUACGGCGAAUACUCUGGCGCACCCAGUGAACAGCAGACCUACGACUACGCAAAGACCAUCCUCUCUCUCAUGACACGUGAAAAACAUCCUCAAGGGAAAGUGCUGAUCAUUGGAGGAAGUAUCGCCAACUUCACCAACGUAGCAGCCACAUUCAAGGGCAUCGUCAGGGCCAUCAAAGACUACCAGGGUCCUCUUAAGGAGCAUGAGGUCACUAUCUUUGUUCGACGUGGUGGACCCAACUACCAGGAGGGGCUGAGAGUGAUGGGGGAAGUAGGGAAGACCACAGGUAUUCCUAUCCAUGUGUUUGGUACAGAAACCCAUAUGACGGCCAUCGUUGGAAUGGCCCUGGGCCACCGGCCAAUCCCUAACCAGCCCCCAAUGGACGCACAUACCGCCAACUUCCUCCUCAAUGCCAGCAGCAGUGCAAAGACUCCAGCUACCACAAGGACGGCUUCAUUCUCUGAACCCAGGACGUCUAAUGAUGCCACCCCAGCGAAAAAGUCUAAAGCAGGUCUUCCAGCAGAAGCGCGAGCCUCUUCAGGCUGCAGCGGAGCCAAAGCCACCACACUCUUCAGAGAACACACCAAGGCCAUUGUCUGGGGCAUGCAGACACGUGCCGUGCAAGGCAUGCUGGACUUUGACUACGUAUGCUCCCGGGACGAGCCCUCUGUCACAGCCAUGGUCUAUCCUUUCACUGGGGAUCACAAGCAGAAGUUCUAUUGGGGCCACAAAGAAAUCCUACUGCCAGUGUAUAAGAACAUGGCCGAUGCCAUGAAGAAGCACCCGGAGGUGGACGUCUUGAUCAGCUUUGCCUCCCUGCGCUCAGCCUUCGACAGCACAGUGGAGGCCAUGCAGUACCCACAGAUUCACACUAUUGCCAUAAUAGCCGAGGGGAUCCCUGAAGCACAGACAAGGAAGAUGAUCAAGAUGGCCGAUGAGAAAGGCGUCACAAUCAUUGGCCCCGCCACGGUUGGUGGCAUCAAGCCAGGCUGUUUUAAAAUUGGAAACACAGGUGGCAUGCUGGACAACAUCCUGGCAUCCAAACUUUACCGUCCCGGCAGUGUGGCAUACGUGUCGCGCUCUGGGGGCAUGUCCAACGAGCUGAAUAACAUAAUCUCCCGCACCACAGACGGCGUCUAUGAAGGCGUGGCCAUAGGAGGAGACAGAUAUCCAGGCUCCACCUUCAUGGACCAUGUGCUUCGUUACCAGGACACUCAAGGGGUCAAGAUGAUAGUGUUGCUGGGAGAGAUUGGAGGCACAGAGGAGUACAAGAUCUGCCAAGGCAUCAGAGAGGGCAGGAUAACCAAGCCUUUGGUUUGCUGGUGUAUUGGAACAUGCGCCACCAUGUUUGCUUCAGAGGUUCAGUUUGGCCAUGCAGGGGCCUGUGCCAACCAGGCUUCAGAAACCGCGGUAGCCAAGAACCAGGCUCUGAGGGACGCUGGAGCUUAUGUUCCCAGGAGCUUUGAUGAGCUAGGGGAUGUCAUUAGGACCGUUUAUGAUGAACUGGUUGCCAAUGGUACCAUCGUUCCUGCCCAGGAGGUUCCUCCCCCAGCAGUACCUAUGGAUUACUCUUGGGCCAGGGAGUUGGGACUGAUCCGUAAGCCAGCCUCAUUCAUGACGAGCAUUUGUGACGAGCGAGGCCAGGAGCUCAUCUACGCCGGCAUGCCAAUCACUGAGGUCUUUAAAGAGGAGAUGGGUUUAGGAGGAGUGCUGGGCUUGCUCUGGUUCCAGCGCAGGUUGCCGCGCUACGCCUGCCAGUUCAUUGAAAUGUGCCUGAUGGUGACUGCGGAUCACGGGCCUGCCGUCUCCGGUGCACACAACACCAUUGUCUGUGCUCGUGCUGGCAAAGACCUUAUCUCAAGCCUCACCUCUGGCCUGCUCACCAUUGGCGACCGUUUCGGAGGUGCUCUGGAUGCAGCUGCGAAGCAGUUCAGCAAGGCAUUUGACAGCGGCAUGCUGCCCAUGGAAUUUGUCAACAAGAUGAAGAAGGAUGGGAAGCUGAUCAUGGGCAUCGGCCACAGGGUCAAAUCGAUCAACAACCCAGACAUGCGGGUGCAGAUUCUGAAGGACUUUGUUAAGCAACAUUUCCCUUCCACCCAGCUACUCGACUACGCCCUAGACGUAGAGAAAAUCACCACCUCAAAGAAGCCCAACCUGAUCCUCAACGUAGACGGUUUUAUUGGCGUUGCCUUUGUGGACCUGCUCAGGACGUGCGGUGGCUUCACACGAGAUGAGGCUGACGAGUUUGUGGAGAUCGGUGCACUAAAUGGGAUCUUUGUCCUUGGCCGGAGUAUGGGCUUUAUUGGCCAUUACCUGGACCAGAAGAGGCUGAAACAGGGUCUGUACCGCCACCCCUGGGACGACAUCUCCUAUGUGCUUCCUGAACAUAUGUCCAUGUAAUGCCAACAUCAGAGAUUGGGACGCACUUCCUGAUGCGACUGCCCAUCUCACGUAACGUUUCUAUACUCCCCGGGUUUUGACAACAGCUGCCUUCGGGGGAAAAAAGGGCAAGAUGAGACGGGAAAGUAGACGUACUAUAUGACUGAGGGAUCCGGGUAGAAGUUUUCCAUCUAGUUUUUACGGAGAAAAAGGGGAAGUAUAUUUUUAGAUUUAGUUUUUGACAAAUUAUUUAAAAAGUCUGAGACGUAACUUAUUCAGUUUUGAACAAAGAGCAAAACCAAUGCAAACUACGGCAAUUGCAAAAGCACAAAAUCAAUUGGUACUGGUAAAAAUGCUAAUAAAUCUGUCUUGCAUAGUCAGUACAAGGGCAGGAUUCAGAGCGCAUUUCAGUCAUAUUUCAGACGUUAUUGCAAUUUAACUAAACACAUAGUUACACAAAAGUUAACCAUUUAAUCAGCAUUUUUCUGUUCCAGGUCACAAAGUGUGCAUUAGCAUGCUUUCUGGCUUUCUCAGUAUUGUACCUUAGUUUACACACUAGCAAAUCUAGGUAAUACCAGUUUUUAAAUUCCUUUUCCAAGUUUCACUUCCACUUAGAAAUAUCUUUGUCACCACAAAAUAAACCAAAGUUAUUUUUAGGAUGUUUUGUCUUUGUUUAAAAAAAAAACAAAAAAAAAAGGGUCCAGGGGUAGAUAUUAAGGAGCUGGUCUACAUCUUUAUAUUUUUAGAAGGAGGCAUCGUAAUGGGAUAAAGGAAUUAAACACACUGAUACUAAGUGUCACUCCACCAUUGCCUUUCCUACAACAGAUCGGCUAAAAACCCCAGUUGUAUAGGACUGGUUGAAAUUCAUCAGCCGCUGUAAAUUAGGUACAGUUUUCAGGUGUUUAAGUCUUUUACAUCAAAUACAAAUUGAACUACUUGUGUUAAUAUUCUGAAUAACUGUGUCAGAAAACAGGGAAAUGUGGAAGCAUUAAAAGGGGACAAACACAAUGCUUCAUGAAUGAGCCCUGUGAGUCUUGAAAGCAUCUUUUGGCUAGGGACCAUGAAAGCGGUUUGCUUUACUUGGGGAAAUGAUCCCACAUAAUACGGAUGUCAGCACCGUAAAAGAUUUGUUGACUAAAGACUUAGCACCAACUGAAAAACACUUUGUAACUGCCCACUGUAUGGCCUGAUGUGUUUGAUCUUUGUUUCCCUGUUUUUAUUUAACUGUGAAAAAUGCUUUGUUUUUGUAAUAUGCUGUCAUACAGUAGUAUAAUAAUAAAGAACUUAUUGUUUGACUUUUCA